CGAAAAUUAUUAUCUCUGAUUUUUUGUUCUUACAUCCAAUCAAUUCAAUAUAUUGCGAUAACGCAUUCCCAAACCACUUAUACAAGUCAGGGGUCAUUCAUCUGUGCGCACGAAUGUAUUUUAUUAUUUAAAUACUCGUUGUGUUGUUGACAAGAAUCAGUUUUAAUCGGACGUUUGACAAGCGUAUAGCACAUUUUUGUGGUGCUCAUUUUUAUAAUGGUGUUAUUAAUUUUUGUGUUCUUCUCCGUGAUCAAUUUUUAUUCCAUAGAUGGCUAUAUUGUUGAACCGGGUCCAGUUGUGAAAGCAACAAAAGGUGAAAUCUGGCCAAAGCCCUUUCAACAAAAUUCACAUGAUGACUUUUUUAUAGUGCGACCGAGUUUACUAGAAUAUAAGAUUCAAAAUGAGAGCUGUGAUAUUUUGCUCAACGCGAUAAGGCGAUAUAAGCUAAUCAUUCAAAAACUAUUGCCAAGUAAUGGUAGAAUGCGACCCCGUAGCCCUGGCUUCAUAGAACAUCCGACUCCUGAAUUUCGAAAUGAUUCAUUAUUUGCUGGAUUCGUCGAUGAAAUCAGUAUUGAUUUGACAACUCCAUGCACAAAUGCAACACCUCAUCAUCAAAUGCAAGAAUCAUAUCAAUUGAAUAUUACAAAUUCGUCGGCUUACCUUGGAUCCAAAUCAAUUUGGGGCAUAUUACGUGGUUUGGAAUCAUUUUCCCAGUUGUUGGUGGUUUCGCCCGAUCAUCGUAACACGCUGCGAGUAAAAAGGACUGAAAUCUACGAUAAACCGAGGUAUUCAUAUCGUGGCUUGUUGGUAGACACCUCUCGACAUUUUAUCAAUGUGUUUACAUUGAAGCAAAUUCUCGAUGGGAUGGCUUUUAAUAAACUGAAUGUAUUUCAUUGGCACAUCGUUGACGAUCAUAGUUUUCCAUAUCAGAGUAAAACAUUUCCCGAAUUGAGUGCUCAAGGUGCAUAUGAUAUGCGUAUGAUUUACUCACAAAAUGAUGUCAAAGACAUCGUUGAAUAUGCACGUUUGAGAGGUAUACGUACAUUGGUCGAAUUUGAUUCACCUGGACAUACACGCAGUUGGGGUGUAUCGCAUCCAGAAUUGUUGACUGCUUGUGAUGGUUACCUGAAUGGAAAAUUGGGCCCGAUCGAUCCGACAAACGAACAAGUUUAUACAUUCAUUCAAAAAUUACUGACGGAAGUAGUGGUCGUCUUUCCAGACGAGUACAUACAUUUGGGAGGCGAUGAAGUCGGCUUUGAAUGCUGGAAAUCAAGCCGAAAGAUUCGAAAUUAUAUGAAAAUAAAUAACAUCAGCUCGUAUGAAAAACUCGAAGAACUGUAUAUUCAACGAGUUGUUGACAUGACGAAAGAUCUACAGCACAAGUCAAUUGUUUGGCAAGAAGUAUUCGAGAAUGGUGUUCAAUUGCCAUCUGGAACAGUUGUUCACGUGUGGACUGGCGAUAGAGGAAAACUUCUUAAUGCAAUUACGAAGAGUGGUUUUCCAGCCAUUUUGUCCAGUUGUUGGUAUUUGGAUCAUUUGUCCAACGGCGGCGAUUGGCGAAAAUAUUAUGAAUGCGAACCGAGUGAUUUUCCAGGAUCUGCCCAACAGCAGGCGCUUUUAAUUGGGGGUGAAGCAUGCAUGUGGUCGGAAGUGGUCGAUGACACAAAUAUUCUUCAACGAAUUUUUCCGCGAGCCAGUGCAGCGGCAGAAAAACUUUGGUCUCAAGAAACUGUAAGAAAUAUAUCCGAGGCCCAACAACGUUUAGAAGAGCACACAUGUCGAAUGCGAAAACGUGGCAUACCAGCGCAACCACCGAAUGGACCUGGCUUUUGUCUCAAUUAAUUUGUAAUUUAUAAAAAAUGUAGAAUUUCUUUUUCAUAAUUUUAAGUUUUGCUGUAAUUCAAUUUAAUUUUCAUUCAAUUAUAAAUGGAAUGGGUGUAAAUAAUUGGUAAAAUGAUAUUUACUUGCUUUAUUUUGCAUAAACUCAAAAUAUAUAUAUUAUGUGAUCUCAUGUUUUAACCCUCCUGCAGACUAUCAGGCCAGCAACUCAGAAAAAAUUUGAAUAAAAUCCAAACUAAGAAAUCGAUUUACUUCAAA